AUGGCAGUUAUUACAAGAUACUUGGUCCUGGAUUUUUUAGUAUUAAUAUGCGGAUUAAUAGUCCUGUCAUAUUUAUACAUGACCCGUAAAUUCAAGUACUGGAAGAAACACGGAGUUACAGAGAUAACGCCUACUCCAUUUGUUGGAAAUUUCGGUGAUUGUUUGAUGACAAAAAAGUCAUCAGGACAGUGGCUUAGAGAUAUACAUGAAUGGAGUUCUGGAUUACCUUACAUGGGUUUUUAUAUUUUCGACAGGCCUUGUCUGUUGAUCCGCGACCCCGAGCUAGUUAAAAACAUUCUUGUCAAAGAUUUUAACACCUUUCCCGAUCGCUUUGUCUCCGCGAGUCCUCACGACCGAAUUGGAGAUGCCAAUUUAUUCUUAAUAAAAAAUCCAGCGUGGAAAGUCGUGAGAACUAAGCUCACGCCACUUUAUACCUCGGGUAAAUUGAAGAGGAUGUUUGAGCUGAUGGUUGACGUUGGUGAAGAUCUCAUGACACAUAUGAAGUCACUUAAAUUGGAAGGUCAAGGACAGAAUGUCGAAGUUAAAGAUUUGAGCGCUAAAUUCACAACAGACAUGAUUGCAACGACUGCUUUUGGAGUGAGAGCAAACUGUCUGAACGACCCUAAUGCAGCAUUCCGUGAGGCUGGUCGUCGGGUAUUUGCUACUUCGCUUUACCGUAAUUUCGAACUAACCUCACUUUUUUUCGCGCCACAACUCGCCAAACCUUUGGGAUUAAAAUUCAUUCCGAGCAAUGCCUCGAAAUUUUUGAGGGAUACACUGUGGGGUGUGAUACUCGAACGAGAACGUUCUAAUUACAAGCGUGGUGAUUUGAUUGACUUGCUUGUAGAAUUGAGAAAAGCUAACGCUGAAAGUUCCACUCGAGAUAUUUUUGAUUUUGAUGGUGAUAAUUUGGUAGCGCAAGCGGUGGUAUUUUAUACAGGGGGUUUUGAAACUUCAUCAUCAGCUCUGAGCUUUACAUUGUACGAAAUAGCGAUUCAACCGGAAAUCCAAACAAGAUUGAGACAGGAAAUAUUAGACGGGCUCGAGCAGUCUGACGGAAAAGUCACUUACGACCUGGUACAAUUAUUUUAUUAUCCGUAUUUGGAUAUGGUUGUAGCAGAGACGCUCCGUAAAUACCCACCUUUGCCUUUCUUAGACCGGCUCACUAAAGAAAAUUACAAGCUACCAAAUUCUGAUUUGGUUGUAGAGAAAGGUACACCUGUUUUUAUCUCUAUGACUGGCUUGCAUUAUGAUCCUGAGUACUUUCCGGAUCCCAAUAAGUACGAUCCGGAACGGUUCUCAGAAGCCAAUAAAAAAUCCAGGAAACAGGGAGUUUAUAUACCUUUUGGUGAUGGUCCGCAUAUUUGUAUAGGUCUGCGUAUUGGAUUACUUCAAACAAAAUUAGGACUUAUUAAAUUAUUGCCCAAGUACGAGUUCUCACCCUCAAAAGAAACUAUGAUCCCCAUGCGAUUAAGUCCUAAAGCUACGAUAACAACUGCUGACGGUGGUGUUUUUCUUAAUGUCAAAGAAAUCGCUUAU